AAUUAGUUUUUUUUUUUUUUUCGUUUAUUCUUGUAUCGAGAAAAAAAUAUUUCUUGUUGUAUCGUAUCCAGUGGGGUGUGGUUCCCUGCAGGAACACUCUCAUCUUCUUCUCCUCAGUUCUCAGUCUCUCUCAGUUGUUCACCGUGACAAUCUCUAACGCUACCAUGUGGGGCUUGUCUCGAAACCCAUCUCAGUUUUCCACCAAGAAGCAGCAGAAGCAGGAAAGAGAAGGAGGGUUAGCAGAGAGUUUCAGGCCGGAAAAUUUCAUUCCGGGCCUUGUUAUUGGUUUCAUUUUUGGCUUGUUGCUGGAUUUAACAACCCCCCCAAAAAAUUAUGCCAAGAAGAAGAAAGUCUUACCGGGAAAGCCCCAACAACAAAGCUUGGUCUCGAAUAAUGGCGAUCAAGAGCUUAAAAUGGUUCUGGUUGUUCGACAAGACCUGAAGAUGGGUGCAGGAAAGAUUGCGUCUCAAUGUGCCCAUGCAGCCACUGGCAUGUAUUCAGAACUGAUGCGAAGUGAACGGACACUUUUGAGUAGAUGGGAGCAAUGUGGGCAGCCCAAAAUAGUUGUUACAUGCAGGAAUGAGCAAGAAAUGAACAAGCUAGAGGAAGCAGCUGAUAGCAUUGGGCUUCCAACUUUUGUUGUCGCAGAUGCUGGGCGAACACAGGUUUCAGCCGGAUCAAAGACAGUUCUUGCAAUUGGACCUGGGUCAAAAGCAUCAGUGGAUUCAGUUACAGGAAAGCUGCGCCUGCUCUGAAUUCGUGGAAGAAGAAGAUGAUCUGAGUUAAAAUUCCUAGGUUAAUUGGUCGAUUUGUUUGCAACUAGUUCUUUCAUGAUCUCAAAGGACAGGGGCUUUUCCUUUAUGGUAGUCCUGGGUACAGAGUCAGGGGUGGGUCAACCCACGUUGCAAGCACUUGCCAAGCCAGAAAUUUUCCACCACUUGCAUUCAUAGGAAGAUUGUUUACGCUUUGAACGCAUUGCUCCGCUGGCUGACAUCCUAAUCAUUCCAUUAGUUGAUUAGAGAAAUUGAGUAAAGAAAAGUUUGUCUAGAGUUCUCUAUUACUUUUGUGAAUUUUAUAUGUAAAAUUAUAAAAAUUAAAAAUAUGGAUUACCUUAUUUUCAUUAA